AUGUGCGGCAGCGACGUAUUCCUGGCCUUGAUCGCCAUCCUCUUCCCACCACUCGCAGUCUGGGUUAAGCGAGGACUCUGCAGCGCCGAUGGCUUAAUCAAUAUCGCAUUAUGCUGUCUCGGCUUCCUCCCAGGUCUCCUACACGCCUGGUACGUGAUCGCCUCCUCGCCUGAACCGACAUACGAAGAACUUCAAGACCCCGAGCGAGGCAACGCGGUCACAUAUUAUUACGUGCAACAAGGGUCUGGACCACAGUAUGCGAGACAGGAUGGCCAGGGGAGGUCUUAUGGUACUGUGAAUGCAGCGCCGAGCAGUCAGUUCCCACAAGAAGGACAGCAGGGUUUCGUGCAGCCACCGCAGAAGGCUGGCCCGAGUGAUGGAUCGGCAGCGCCACCGACGUAUCAACAAGCUGUGCAGGGUGACAACAAGGUGCAGAGACCGUGA